GGUGGGUUCAGUUCAGUCGCAGCCACCGAUCGCUUCGGAUGUGUUAAAGGAAGUCGGUUAAUACAGACGUCAGGCUUUGUGGUUUUAUGUUUUUUCUUAUAUUGGCUAUUUUUUCUGUACUCUUGAGGACCAUAAAGCAUACCGGUUUCUGCUGCUUUGUGAAUGUCUAUUUUUGUGCGAAUACAGUUUUUUUGCUGCUUUGGCUGUUUAUUUUGCUUCGUUCGGGCGGAUAGUGUUGAUGGAAACCUGUGAGUUCUAACCCGGAAUAUUGAUGAAGCGUGAAGUUGCAGCACGAUAACAGUGCCACCAGGUCGCGUGUGCUGGUGGAAAAGACGUCGCUGUGAAUCAUAAUUUGGUGAUCUCACGGUACAAAACUGCCAGCCUGCUGAAAAACGACGGUAGGUUAGAUGUUUGCGGAACUGUUUACUUGUGUUUGAAGGUGCAUCGGAUGUUGGUACCCUUACGUUGGCUAAAGAUAGCAGCCGUAUGUGGACCGCUGCUGAUAACGCAGAGAGUGUGGUGUUUUGAAGUGAGAGAUAGUUGGCCGGAGUAAUGUGACGUUGGCUGAUGAAGCAAUCAGACCUAGUUUCGUGGAAAAUACUCGACUGUGAAUUUCAACGUGGUGCGUGGUCUCAACGAUAAUUUACACGAGUGAAGCCUCGCACACAGCCCAAUGGCGAUGAUGGAUGUAUGUUUCAGUUGAAUAAUGGAGCCUACAAGUUCAGAGUUCUGCCGUAAUAUGUGAAUGAAAGAUGAAUAAAAAUGAGCAUGCGAUGUAGGAAGUGAGUACUUUCAUGAAUUCAAUACAUUCGGAAGAUGUGAAAUGAAAAAAAAAACACGAAACAUAAACAGUGAUGUGGAAUAAAUGAAGUUUCUUCUUCGUUUCGAGAAUGUAGGUCUUGGACUAACAAAGGAUCUUCUCGAAGCGCAAUUAAAAUGUGAAAUGUCCAUAAAAGAAUCGGUAGUGGCUGUUUGUGCGGUGACCAUCAUCAUCAGCGUUUAAUACCGCCGGCAGUAACGUUAUCCAAGCAACAAAAGUAGGUGUGGGUAGCCGUAUGUUCCAUUCGUCUUUAAUUAUAAAACAUAAUUUAUGUACCUGUGCCGGUACACCUUGUAGAAUUACGUUGCACUUCUUCAAGUAUAAAAAGUGCCUGGAAAGCGGUUCGAGGCACGUUGAAAGGAAGUUCUCUUUGUACUCACUCAUGUUGUACUGAUUCUUCUUUGCUGCUAUACCUCAUGGGAUCACCCUUACAUAAUUCUAAAGUGCAUAUCUCAGUCGACCAUUUAUGAUACCAAAAGCCGCAAGUGUGAGUGCAACGAUAUAUUUUCGAAUAAUAAAACGAAACGACGGCAAAACAAAAGACUUCGAUAACGCUACAAACGAAGAUAGCAACAAGAAUAAGCUGUGAAACAUUACAUUGCGCAGAAGAAACGAAAACAGAAAUAAAUGAUAAUGAUAAUUCCCGGUAGAGAUGUUAAGAUCAUAGCCAUACAAGAAGCAUACGAAUAAUUAGUACACAAGGGUGGAAGAAAACGAAGAUGCUUAUUUGUGAUUGCAUAUUACAGCAGGUAAUUUAAGCACCUUAAUCGACAAACUUCAUAGGGCUAAUCAGAUUCGUGCACAUUUGCUAGCCAAUAGUGAAAAAAAUAAUUAUUCUAUCAACUCAACCGACUACAUGCCUGUGAAGCGUAGCGAUCGUGUGCUUCUCACCGUGCUAUCAACGGUGACAGUGAAUAGUGUGCUAGUAGUGAAGUUGAUAACUGAUUGUUGCUAGUUCGAUGCUAAUGAGCUAAAAUCAAACAUUCUGGCAAUGCCUAUCACUACUACGAAAACUGCAAGCGCAAGUGCAUCCAACGGAAGAGAUUCAUCUACGACUACUGUAACUCCCAGGGAUAGUUUUCUACCGUCUGGGGGCGGCACAGUUGCGAAAAAUAUUCCCAAUGUCGAUGCACCCUCGAUAUUGAAUGCCAGCGGACGAACCGGACGACCAGGAAGUGGUCUUAGCUUGAGCGUACUAGAUUUGGCAGCAAUUCGUAAAAUUUUGGAAAAUGAAACCGGUGGCGCACUCUGUCCGAGCUGUCAGAUGCCCUUUGAUAAGGGUAAAAAGAGGAAGUUGAUAGAUACUUGCGGACACGAACGAUGCUACUCCUGCAUGUUUCGGAAUGAAAUUUGCCCGAUCUGCCACCCGACCACACAGCAGGAUAUUGAUCAUGACAUAGUUUCUAGAAAUGGUGCCUACUUAAGCAGAAAAAUGCAUGACUACGACCCUGGUAUUGGAAGUACUGCAACGCUGCUGAGUCCAUUAGCAUCUCCGCAACCGGUGUGCCGAUCGCAGGCUAAACUCGGCGGGCAUCUUUUGUCGACGUAUCAGACUCCAAGUGAUCUCAUGUCAUCGGAUGUGUAUAAGCUAAAAGAACGGCCACCAAGAUGUCCUUCCGGAACUAGUAAGCCGGAGUCCCAUUACGCCAGCAUAUCUAACACUACUUUUGGACUCGGAAUGAAACCCUCGCAAAGAAGUGGACUUAACAGCAGUAGUGAGAUUUCAUCCAGUGCAUGUGCAACCCCACCGCAAAACCGAAGACGUUUGUUUAGUCCGAAGAACCUGCGGAGUCCGUUCGGUUAUCGUAGGAAUAAUAACGCAACCGACAACUCAACGCUGUCUGGCUUAGCGUCUUUAUUGAAUCCAGCAACCUACCACCGAGCAGCAACCGCAGGAAGCAGCAACUUACGAUCACCAGUCGCGUCACCAACUGCAGAAACAGCAACAGCAGCAGCAGCAACGGUCAACAAAAGGCAACGGAACGCUAAUGAUAGCAAUAAAUUUCAUCGUCUCAGCUUAGGCACCGCGUCGAUGGUUUUCGGCAAAAUCAAAUCCCUGUGGUCAGCGCAAACGUCAACGGCCAACGCUGGACUGAAUCAAUUAGCAGAUGACGAAGGUGGAAACGUAAAACCUAUAUUGCUCAACUCGAAAUCAAAGUCAUCCCAAGAUGAGCUGCAGCUGCGGCUCGGAUUCUUCCUUGAGAAUAAUCCACGCCGAAACAUGCGCGUCCCAGUUCAAUCCUGCAGUUCGCUCACCUCGACCAACACAAGCCCAGUCUCAACGCUGACGGGAUCCUCCGAAGCGGAUGUCUCUCGAACGUUGCAACUACAAGAGCCCAAUCACUACAACGUUGGAUGUGAUUCCAUCGGUUCCAUGAUGUCCGUUUCUAUAUCGGAGCAAAGCAAUGCCUCGUCGAGUCCGCUGAGUAGGAGACAUUCAGUUACUACGUCUCAAAGUGGUGGGAAUGUGGAUGACCUAACACUAUUCAAAACUCGAAAAACUACAGUACGAAGAUCUGCCCGGUCCGGGCAUAUCAAGGGACCAAUAGAUCCAAAAAUUCGCUUUGCACAGUACCGCCAACAGCAACAACUGACGCUGAAACCGCUCUUCUUCGAAGUGCCUAACCAAGAACCCGACCCAUUGUUCGUCGGUCGCCACUGGCUAGUACGAGAACUUGCCAAUGCGGUUCAGUCGACUGAUUCACCGGGAAUCCUAUUAAGUGGUAAUCUCGGAACGGGGAAAACAGCGCUUCUGUUACAGCUAGUAGAAUACUCCUGUUUCGGAAGACGCAAAGAAAUGCCAAUUCAAGAAAAUGAUGGAAUCUACUGUCAGAUUAACGUAGCGCACGACCGAUUGCGUAGUUUGGCCUCACACGUGGUAGCUUAUCACUUUUGUCAAGCAGACAACAAUUCCACCUGCCUUAUACCAGAUUUUAUUCAUUCUUUGGCAGCUCAGCUAUGCCAAGCGCCUCAACUCUCUGCCUAUCAUGAAUUUUUGCUAGGAGAGCAAGCGCUUCAGAAUGUACUAAGCGUCAAGGAAUGUAUUGCUGAUCCAGAACGAGCUAUGAUUAUGGGUAUACUGGAGCCCCUUUCUGCGUUGCGCAGGGUUGGCAAAAUUGCUCCGAAAAAUUGCGUCAUUCUCAUCGAUGCUUUGUGUGAAGCGGAGUAUCACCGACCAGAUCAUGGUGAUACUAUAGCAUCAUUCUUGCAAAAAAUGACUGAACAUUUUCCUUCGUGGCUCAAGGUGAUUGCUACCAUUCGUACACAAAUGCUGGAGUUUACCAAAGGAUUGGCCUACACAAAAAUGAGCCUCGAUAGCUGGAAUAGCAAUGAAAGUUUACAAAAGGACAUUCUCGAGUACAUCACAUUCCGCAUAAAUCAGAGUUCCAGCAUUCAGCAUAACAUUGCUGGCGGCAAAGAGAUCAUCAAUACAAGUUUACAUUUCAAAUUCGCUCAGUACUUGCUCACAUUAACAAAAGGUUCCUUUCUUUACGCCAAACUAACGCUGGAUCUAAUCGAGCGUGGCAGCUUGGUGAUUAAAUCGAGCAGCUUCAAGGUGCUCCCAGUAUCACUGGCUCAAAUCUUUCUACUUAACUUCAACCUGCGAUUUCCCACCGCAACUGCCUAUGAUAGGAUCUCAAGUAUACUGAGCGUUUGCCUGGCGGCUCUAUAUCCAUUAACGUUGGCUGAGAUUUUCUACUCAGUCAACGUCUUGAUUGUGGAAGGCGAAGGAGGCGAGCAUAUUGACCGAGACGAGUUUCUAUGCAGAUUCAAAACACUCACCGGAUUUCUAAUUAAACGGAUCGAUAAUACGUACAUGUUCUUCCAUCCAUCCUUUAGGGAAUGGUUAAUCAAACGAGAUGAUGGGGAAAGUUCCAAGUUUCUUUGUGAUCUCAGAAAUGGACAUGCCGGAAUAGCAUUGCGGUACUCAAGGCUACAAGUUCCUCUUGAUCCUGAACAGGCUCUGGAACUUGGACAUCAUAUCUUGAAAGCUCAUCUCUACCGUUCUGCACCACAGCACCAAUCGCCGAGAGAUCUGCAAGCAUUCUGGGUAGCUUCGGUGACGUCCUGUGUAUCGUCUGCUCUUUGCACGUUAAGGAAUGUAUACAACCCUAAUAUCAAAGUGUCAAGACUGCUACUCCUUGCCGGUGCAUCACCUGAUCAUGCAACAAGUUUUCUCGGAAACGCACCUAUUCUUUGUAUAGCCGCCCAUGAAGGAAUAGUACCAAUGGUGAGCCUACUAUUGGAAUUUGGAGCCAAUGUUGAAAAAGUCAACAGUCAGGGGUGUACUCCGCUAAUUUUAGCUUCUGCCAAGGGACAUUGCGAUGUAGUUCGACAGUUGGUCGCCGCUGGCAGUGCUUUAGGGCAGACAGAUACCUCUCAACGCUGUGCUCUGGUUCACGCCGCCGUAACCGGAAAACUCAAAGUGGUAAAGUACCUCGUCGCAUGUGACUGGAAUGCCAGGCCUGAUAGCAGCGACGUGACGCUGGAACAAGCAGCUCAACAAGCACUAAUAGCAGCUUCUGGACACGGUAAUACGGAAAUUGUCGAGGAUUUCCUAGAUAUGGGUGAAGUACAUAUCAAUCGGUUGGACAUCAUUACUGGAGAAACUGCCCUCACCACUGCAUGUGCAAAUGGGCACACAGAAACGGUUUCGAUUUUGCUUAGCCGGGGAGCUGCAACAGACAUGAGAAAUAGAAAAGAUCAGUCACCACUAUUGAUAUCUGUCAAAGAAGGGCAUUGGGCAAUCGUCGAACGAUUACUGCAGAAUCAAACCGAUGUUGAACAGACAGAUUACAAUGGAAAAACUGCGCUAAUGGUUGCCGCUGAAGAGGGACAUGUUGGUAUUAUAGAACUAUUGCUCAACAGAGGGGCUAUGCUAAGCACGCAGGACAAGGAUGGUUUAACGGCACUCAGCUGGGCAUGUCUCCGAGGAAAACAGCAAGCUGCCAAGUGCCUAUUGGAACGAAAUGCAGAUAGACAGCAUGCUGAUAGUACGGGACGAACACCGUUGGAUUUAGCAGCGUACCAAGGAUCGGCAGCGUUGGUACAAAUGUUGCUCGACCAUGGUGCACAAAUUGAACACGUAGACGUCAACGGGAUGCGUCCUCUGGACCGUGCAAUAGCAUGCCGAAAUGUUCAGGUGGUACAAGUAUUUCUGAAACGCGGAGCAAAACUGGGUCCCGCUACCUGGGCAAUGGCCAAUGGCAAAUCAGAAAUAAUGCUCAUACUUUUGAAUAAACUGCUAGAGGACGGAAAUACUUUGUAUCGUAAGAACCGUCUGCAAGAAGCUUCCCAUCGCUACCAAUACGCACUGAAGAAAAUUCCCGCAACACACACCGUGAGCAAUAAUGGCAAUACUCCUGAAACGAUUUGUGCUGCCGAUGCUAACAACAACUCUGCCAAUAGCGCAACGUUUCAACAGUUAAAGUUCAAUUUUUUACUGAACCUUUCCCGUUGCAAGAGGAAAAUGGAUGAUGCAGCAGAAGCUAUCGAACUAGCGGCGCAAGCAAUUGAAAUCAAACCGAACGCUUAUGAUGGAUACUAUGCUCGUUCCAAAGCACUCAUGGAACAUGGAAAAUAUGGAGAGGCACUUAGGGAUGCAGGCGUUGCGUUGACGAAAUCACAUUCAGCAUCACUGGAAAUACGCGAGACGUUAACACGGCUGCACAGUGAUCUAAAGAAGCGACACAUGCAUGCAAUGACCGACAUCAACAAUUCGGGACUUAUGAGUGGAGUAGGACUAGUGGACGGAACUGGUAGUAGUACAAGAUCUAGCUCCGUCCACAGUAGCCGAUCAAUCGCUGAGUCCAUGGAUAUAAUCACGGACUUAUAAAUGUAUGUUUUGUAGACAAUAAGCAAUAAGGAAUAUGGUAAACAAAAACGUAAAACCGAAAAAGACUAAAGCAAACGAUCAUUCGCAAUGCAAUAUGCGCCUUAAUAGUGCUGUAGCUUCCUCUAGGAUAAUGUUUUCAGUUAAAUUCUCUUAAACGACUACUUGAAUGCACUGAAAGUGCAGCUUACUACAGUAACGAGUAAUUCCUUAGAACAAAAAAAUAGUGUGCAACAUGUUUAGAAUAGUUGCAAAUAUUUAAAACCGUUUUUAAACUUAAAUAUUAAACUUCACUUAAAUUAUUCACAUGUUCUCGGCGACCUCAAAGUUCGUUGCAUAUUUCGUAUGCGAACAAUGCAUUUUUUUCUGUAAAUAAAUCAAACGAUUUUCAACAUCUUAUAUGCAGUAGAUUAUGAUUAUUACUAUUUAUCAUGCAUGUUAACACAACUUUAAAGGCAAUUUCAAGUUUCCGAUAACUUCUAGUUUAGAGGUAAAUUAUUUUUGUGUAAAUGAUUUUUUGACUGUAUCAGAAAAACUCCAGAAUAAAACUUA